CCACGGGAUCCACUAGGCCGCCCCGCCCCUCUCGGGCAGAUCCGAGCUUGCUUUGGGAGGGGAGGUGUUGCUACCUCGACGCCCUGAGAACUCUGCUGAGACCAUGUCUAGCAAUGGGACAGAUGCCCCGGCUGAAGUCCAGGCUGCUGUGGAAGAACCUGUCCCACAGCCCAGCGUGGUGGACCGCGUGGCCAACCUGCCUCUCAUCAGUUCCACGUGUGGAAUGGUGAGUGCUGCGUACACCUCCACCAAGGAGAGCUACCCCCAAGUGAGGACCCUGUGCGACGUGGCGGAGAAAGGCGUCAAGACCCUCACUGCGGCCGCAGUCAGCGGGGCACAGCCCAUCUUGUCCAAGCUGGAGCCCCAGAUUGCAUCGGCCAGUGAGUAUGCACACCGAGGGCUGGACAGAUUGCAGGAAAGCCUGCCCAUCCUCCAGCAGCCGACUGAGAAGGUUCUGGCAGACACUAAGGAACUGGUGUCAUCUACAGUAUCUGGGGCCAGAGAUAUGGUAUCUAACUCAGUGACCAGUGCAAAGGACACAGUGGCCACCCGGGUGACCGGAGCAGUGGAUGUGACCCGGGGGGCUGUGCAGAGCAGCAUGGACAUGACCAAGUCGGCGGUGACCAGCGGCGUCCAGUCGGUCAUGGGCUCCCGAGUGGGACAGAUGGUGAUUAGCGGAGUGGACACGAUGCUGGUCAAGUCUGAGGCCUGGGCGGACAACCGCCUGCCCCUGACGGAUGCAGAGCUGGCCCUGAUCGCCACUUCCCCAGAGGGCUCGGACAUGGCCUCGCUGCAGCAACAGAGGCAAGAGCAGAACUACUUCGUCCGCCUGGGCUCGCUGUCGGAGCGCCUGCGCAACCACGCCUACGAGCACUCCCUGGGCAAGCUGCGCCAUGCCAGGCAGAGUGCGCACGAGGCGCUGCAGCAGCUCACGCACGCACUCAGCCUGAUGGAAUCCGUGAAACAAGGCGUGGACCAGAGGCUGGGGGAGGGGCAGGAGAAGCUGCACCAGAUGUGGCUCAGCUGGAACCAGAAGACCCCCCAGGAUGCAGAGAAUGACCCCGCUAAGCCAGAGCAAGUGGAGGCCCAGGCGCUCGGCAUGUUCAGGGACAUCACCCAGCAGCUGCAGCGCACGUGUGCGGCCCUGGGGGCCAGCAUCCAGGGCCUGCCCGGCCACGUCAGGGAGCAGGCCCAGCAGGCCCGAAGCCAGGUGGACGACCUUCAGGCGACCUUCUCCGGCAUCCAGUCCUUCCAGGACCUCACCACCAGCGUUCUUACCCAGACCCGUGAGCGCAUAGCCAGAGCCCGAGAGGCCCUUGACCACACUGUGGAGUACGUGGCUCAGAACACACCUGUCACGUGGCUGGUGGGCCCCUUCGCUCCUGGAAUCACUGAGAAAGCCCCAGAAGAGAAGUAGUGGGGAGAGGGGGCGUCAGGGGCAGCAUGCUGGCGAGUCAGCUUUUCCCAACAGUCCUGUCGCACACCCUGAGUCUGAAGACAUGUUUACCCUUUUCUCAUCAGUCUUUUAAAGCAAAAAUAUUUUUUUCUAGAAUUUUUAAGGAAUAAAAUUUCUAGAAUGCUCUA